UCUGACGGCAGCUUUGCAGGCUGAACGACAGAAGACAGCUUUUCUGAAAUCUGAAUGAUAUCGGUUUAUCUCUUCUGCAAGGCUGAAGUGGAUUUCGCAUUUAGAGUAUGGCAAAGCUUUCCGGAGCGUAUCGUUGGUUAUCCAGCGAGAAGCCACUACUGGGAUGGUUCCAGAUCCCGCUGGGGCUACACCUCCAAAUGGACCAAUGAUUACUCCAUGGUGCUCACGGGGGCCGCUUUCUACCACAGAUACUACCACUACCUGUUCACACACUACGUCCCCACCAGCCUGCUGGCCAUGGUGGACCGCAUGGCGAACUGCGAAGACAUCCUGAUGAACUUCCUGGUUUCAGCUGUUACCAAGCAACCGCCAAUCAAAGUCACUCAGAAGAAGCAGUACAAGGAAAACAUGAUGAGCCAG